GCCGCGGCGGGAGCGCGGGAGGAGGGAGCGGGGCUGGCCGCCAGCGCGGCCUGGAGACAUGAACACGGCAGGACCCGCAGGCCCGGCCGGCCCGGGUCGCCGCCGGGCGCGGCUGUCUCGCCUGGUCUCCUUCAGCGCCAGCCACCGGCUGCACAGCAAGUGUCUGAGUGAUGAAGAAAACUUGAAACUCUAUGGGAAGUGUAACAAUCCAAAUGGCCAUGGGCACAACUACAAAGUUGUGGUGACAGUCCAUGGAGAGAUUGAUCCUGAUACAGGAAUGGUUAUGAACUUGACUGACCUCAAAAAAUACAUGGAGGAGGCCAUCAUGAAGCCCCUGGACCACAAGAAUCUGGACCGGGACGUGGCCUACUUUGCGGACACUGUCAGCACGACAGAAAAUGUAGCUGUGUAUAUCUGGGAAAAUCUCCAGAAACUUCUUCCUGGGGGAGCUCUUUAUAAGGUCAAAGUGUAUGAAACUGACAACAACAUUGUAGUCUAUAAGGGAGAAUAGCUGGGGGCGGGGUGGGGUUACCGCUGUCAGAAGACUGGUUUUAUUUUGUUUGGUUUGGUUUUUUUUUUUUUUUUUGCACACCACUUGGGGUCUUUUGUCUGUAAAUUAAACAUGAUUUUGUUUCCAGCAAAAUGUCUUGACGUGGGAUAAUCUGAAAGCAAAAAAAAUAAAAUCUAUUUUUAUUGUAUUCUCUGCCAUCCCAUUUUUUAAAGCAAUUUCUUUUUCUUCGUAUAAUAUCAAUGGG